AUGAGUGGGGUUUAUGAGAAUCAAUGCAAUGCCUUAGGGGCAUACAACAAACCCUUUUCUAACACAUACAAUCCUGGCUGGAGGAACCAUCCAAACUUCAGUUGGAGAGAUUCUAACCAAGCACAACCAUCAGGAGGACAAUGGAGAACUAAGCAACAGCUGCAACCACCAAAGGCGUAUUCUGCACCUCAAUACAAUUCGCAUCAGCCAAGGAGUUCUCUUGAGAACACCUUGCAAUCUUUCACGGAGGUGCAGAGUAAGACGAAUCAAAAGUUUGAGUCAUUGUUUACGCAAAUGGUGGAGGAAAGUAAAGAAAUGAAGAGUCAAAUCACGAAUCUGACUGGAGCUUUGGCUGUUCAAGAACGCGACAAGUUCCCUUCAGAAGCUCAGUCAAACCCAAAGGGUCAACAUAUGGCGCAAACCUCAUGUCUCGAUAAUCAAAAUGUUAAGGAGGUGAAUGCCAUUAGUGCUCGUAGUACUAAGAUCAUGGAAGAACCGUCAACAAGUGCCACCACUUCGAGUACUAAGGAAGUUGUCCCUGAGAAAGAUGAUCCAACAAAUGUUCCGGUAAAGGUGCCUUUUCCCCAAGCUCUACGUCCAAUUGGAAAAAUACCGGAACACCAAAGUGAGAUCCUAGGGCACUUGACUCAAGUGAAGAUUAAUCUUCCUUUGCUUCAUGUUAUCAAGCAAGUGCCUGCUUAUGCUAAGGUUAUCAAGGAUCUGUGCACUAUCAAAAGGAAGCACCAUGUCAAGAAGACAGCAUUCUUGACAGAACAGGUAAGCGCGAUGAUCGACCAGAAAACAGUGCUCAAGUACAAGGAUCCCGGUUGUCCCACAAUUUCCUGUCAAAUUGGGACACAUGAGUUCAGCCAAGCUUUGCUUGAUCUAGGAGCGAGUGUUAACCUCAUGCCAUACUCUGUCUACUCGCAACUUGGUCUUGGAGAAAUCAAGCCUACCUCUGUGGUUCUGCAGCUGGCUGAUCGAUCGAUCAAGAAGCCUCGGGGGAUAGUUAAGGAUGUUCUGGUUCAAGUUGAGUUCUAUUACCUCGUUGACUUUCUAGUCUUGGAUACUCAAUCCGUGGUGAGUAUGGAGUCCAAGAUUCUCAUCAUCCUCGGAAGACCUUUCCUUGCUACAGCCAAUGCUCUCAUCAACUGUAGGAAUGGUCUGAUGAAGAUAUCCUUUGGGAACAUGACUUUGGAGGUGAAUGUUUUUCACAUUACAAAGCAACCACGUGAUGAUGACGAGUGCCACCAAACAUUUCUAAUUGACACACUCGUCUCGGAGGAGGUUCAGUUGUGUAGCAAUUCUGAUGAUCUUAACGAUUUCCUUUGCAUUUCUGAAUCUGAGAGUUCCGGUCCUU